AUGGCACUCACAUGCCUGCCUGCCUGGCCAUUUCUGCUCUUCGGCAUUAUUGAGCCAGCCCUACUCAUCUGGGCACUCGUAAGCAUCUACAACGAUCCCAACGACUUCUACGUCCGCCAGCAUUACGAAGCAAGCCUUCAACAGGUGCUACUGACGCCGCAGGCGCUUGUGUUGGUGCUUCAGACUGGCAACAUCUUCCUUCUGCUUGCUGGCCUCGCAGUGAUCUGUUCCUGGACUACUCACGCGGAGGUUGCGAAGAGAUAUCUGUUUGUUGUCGCGAUUGCCGAUCUUGGUCAUAUAUGGGGCAACUACAAGGGCCUCGGUGAUCAGUACUUUUGGGAGUUUGCACAAUGGAACGACCUGAUCUGGGGCAGUGUUGGGGUCAGCGCCUUCCUCAACAUCAAUCGAUGGGCGACAUUGGUGGGUCUAUUUGGGCGAGUUGGCCCUUCAAGCAGCACGGCGAAGAAGAGGAACUAA